AAAAAAAAGCGAAAGAAUUUCUCUCUCUGCGUGUGCAAAAAAAAUAUUUUCCACAAACAAAACAAUCAGAAUCAGCGUCGUUUCCACACAAAAAGCAAAGAAACAGAAGAGAAGAAAAGAGAGACAUUUUCACUCUCUCUCUCUCCUAAUCUCCUUUCCUUUCCAACUUUCAAACUCACAAUGAUUCUUCUUCCUCCAUUAACAACCACCAACUCCACCAACUCCACCCAAACCGCACCGCCGUUGCCGCCGCCGGAGCCCGACUCGCCGUCGCCGUCCGCCGUCAAAACCCACUAGACACCAUCCAAAAACAAAACCCACCCCCGCGCGCGCAGUAUUUCCCGUCUCUCUUUCGGUCAACAAAUGGAUCUCGGUGGGCCCACCCAGCCCCGCCUCGUCGGAGACUACAUUCUCGGGCCGAGAAUCGGGUCGGGCUCCUUCGCCGUCGUGUGGCGGUCGAGACACCGGCAAUCGGGACGCGAAGUCGCCGUCAAGGAGAUUGAUAAGAAGCAGCUCAACCCCAAAAUCAGCGAGAGCUUGCUCAAGGAGAUUUCGAUUCUCAGCACCAUCAAUCAUCCGAACAUCAUUCGCCUUUUGGAGGCCAUCGAAACUGAGGAUUGGAUUUACCUUGUUUUGGAGUACUGUGAAGGUGGUGAUCUUGCGGCUUAUAUCCAUCGCCAUGGGAAGGUUUCUGAAGCUGUUGCUAGGCAUUUCAUGAGGCAAUUGGCUUCAGGAUUGCAAGUGCUUCAAGAAAAGCACCUCAUUCAUAGAGAUUUAAAACCACAGAACUUACUCUUGUCAAGUUAUGAAUCCAUUCCCUUAUUGAAGAUUGGGGAUUUUGGUUUUGCAAGAUCCUUGACUCCUCAAGAAGGUUUGGCUGACACACUCUGCGGUUCACCACUGUACAUGGCUCCAGAGAUUAUCCAGAACAAAAAAUAUGAUGCAAAGGCUGACUUAUGGAGUGUUGGGGCAAUUCUAUUUCAGUUGGUGACUGGGAGGCCCCCUUUUGAUGGCAAUAGCCAAUUUCAGCUUUUCCAGAAUAUCAUAACAUCCACAGAGCUGCAGUUUCCUGCUGGUGCUCUGGAAGAAUUGCAUCCGGAUUGUGUAGAUCUAUGCAGACGCCUUUUACGUCAAAAUCCAGUUGAGCGGCUAAAAUUCAAGGAGUUUUUUAGUCACAAGUUCCUUACAGAUCCAAGGCCAAUGCCUGAGAUUAAGCAGUCUUCUUUACUUGUUCCAAUGGAUCCAAUUGUUGAGCGGUCCAAUUCUUCUGCCUCUGAUAAGAGGUCGGAGUUGCCUUCCGCACUUCCUUCAAACUUUUGUAGUGGGAGUCCAAGUUCAAAAUUUCCAACUGGACAUGAAAACAUAGUAUUGCACGGAAAAGAUGGUGAAGGUACAUCGAGCACUAAGAGUGCUCAAGGGCUUAUGCCAAAUAUUACAAGUGACAGGCCAAGUAAAUCUACUGAUCAAGAGCCCAAUUCAUCAAAUCAGCAUCAAGUUUCUGAUUCCAUGGUGUCCAUCGAGAAAGAUUAUGUCCUUGUCGAUGCUCAUUUUGCUUCGUUGGAAUCUCUCUCUUGUUUCCCUGAAAUAUCGAUGCAAUUUGAUUGCAAAAUUGGAGCUUCUUCUUAUACACCAGAGCAGAAUGAGCAAGGUAGACCAGUUAUGCAAGCGAAGGAGGUUGCUUCCAAUUCUGUUGGCAGUAUAGAGAGCUCACAGAAGCAUGAGGCGAAUCUGUUGCCAACAUCAAGUGCUUCAACUAUUUUAAGGGAAGUACAAGGAUUAUCUAUAUUGCAUCCUUCUAGUAGGAUCCACUUGUUGCAUCAGUACGUUCAGGUUCUCGCAGAACUAUCGCUAGAAAAGUAUAAUGCGGGACUCUACCUGGAGUCCUUUUCAGUUGAACUCGUUAUUUUGGCUAUAUGGAAAAAAGCUCUUGAAAUUUGCGGCUCUUGGCUGGCUUCCACCAUUGAGAACGAAGAACCUGGAAGCAGUUCAGAAAAUGACCCCAAACAUGCUCAGACGGGUGCAGGUUUAUCACAGGACACUGAAGGAAACAUCGAUUUCAAUAGGCCUUCAUGUGUUUACUCGUGGACUGAAAAAUCAUUUCUUGUUGCUUUUAAUCGCGCUGAGAAGUUAUCCCAUCAUAUCCAUAACAUGGACGGUACUGCUGAGAUGCCAGAUGCAAUGGAAAUAAUAUUUCGAAAAGCUCUAGCUUAUGGGACCAGCGGUGCUGUGGUCGAGUUUGUGGAGAACAACAGUACUGCUGUAGCAGAAUCAUAUUCAAAAGCACUGCGUCUGCUUUUGUUUAUUGCUGGAGAAGCGACAACGCUCUCUCUAAACCCUCCAUUUUUGUUGACUCCAGCAAACAAGAAGAGAAUCCAGCACUACAUCAUGGAAUUGCAUUCACGUCAGACUAACUUCUUAAAGUCACAGCCAUCACUGAAGCAAUUCCUUAACACUCCUUCAAAGUAAAUACACAACUGGUUUUGUACAGCUAUUCUUGGAGCUCCGUCUUUUUGUUAUGGCAGAUUACCCGCAUCGUGCCCGUAAACUGGUGUUGGAUGCAGCAGGCAGUUUUUUUAGUCUGUAACAUGGAUACACUUUUGUUGAUUGAUGACUUUAACAGAUGUCUAAUAUAUAGGUAAACAUAUGCAACAUUGUUGGCAAUAUGGAAUGAGUAACUAUUCUUGCGUUUAUGUAAAUGAACUUUCAAUUCUUUGUUUGAACAAAAUUGUAAAUAUGAAUAGAAUCUUUUACUUGUACAGCUGGCUAGUGGCUGAUAUGGCCAACUUACAUAUUUUAGCAUAAUAUUUGGUGAUGCACACAAUUUGGUUGGGAGAAUUGCUAUAGCUAACGUAUGUAUGUAUGUAUCUAUAUUCUUUUUCCCUCCAACAAUACAAAGGUUUGGGGAUAAUUUAA